AUGGCUUUUCUUUGCCUUUCGGCCAUCCUCAUGGCUUCCAUUUUGAUUCGAGAAACCAAAGCCGAAGCUCCUGCAUGUGAUCCUCGGGACCCGAAUUGUGUGGUAAACCCCUCCAGAAAGAACCCGCUUGUCAUAGAAGGGAGUAAAGAAGAUAAGGAGGCAGAAAGGGAAAAAGAAGAUGACACCCCUGAGAUAAUUAUAACGACUGGUUCGCUUGAUCCCCUCGCUUCCUCUUCACCACCACUUGAGCUCCUUCAACGACAUUACCUACCUCAACCUUCACUCCUCCACCGCUACUAUCUGCAGCGACACCCACCUGUCCUUCGUGGGUUUUCUGAAUUGGUUAACUCCGAUCAAGGCUUUGACUCUAAAUUCCCGUAUUUUGAACUUCCUUCAUGGAAAAUUGAAUUAGCUAAUCUAAAAAUCAGUUCAUCGAUUGAUCAUUAG